AUGCCAACUACUAACGCCGUCCUCCUUCCCAAAGUGUUCCCAAAGGAUCUGAUCUCGCUUGGGCAACUUAUUCGCAACCCACUAAUCCCGAAUGUGGAUACUUAUACCAAAUGUUGUGCUCAUGUGACCGACGACGACACCACCGACCCCAAUCCAGAAGAGCCCUAUAAGACAAUUGUGUCAACGGACACGCGGGGUCGCUUCAAUAUUGCCUUGACUAAAUAUCUCGGCUUUAAAGCCAAUGCCCAAAGCACAAAUCUACUUUCAAUCGAGGCUCAGAAACUUGAGUAUCGGGCGCUUAAAAAUGCAUCAGAUGUUUUCAAGCGCAUUUGCAAGGAUCCCGAUGUCAAAAGUUGGAUUGGUGAAAUGGCCCGUUACAAAGCACCCUGUUAUUUUGUUAUUGGCAUACAAGUGCUGCACGAUGCAGAAUUCACAAGGGCUAUACUUCGGGGUGGGGGCGGUGGUGGCUAUGUAACAGUACCGUUGGAAGCAACAGCCCAAAUUCCUCUCCAUAUCGAAGGAGAACUCGGUGCAGAUAGUUUCGGAAGCGGUUCAGGAAAGGUCAAUGGUGUUUUUGGGAUUGAAGUUCAGAGACUAGAUUUUCACACAAGUUCUCCACAAGAGCCGGCACUUAAAAGUGAUGUUUCUUGGCACUGGUCGUACCAGAGAGUGAAAGGAACGCAGCAGGAGGAGGACAAGAUACUAACCAUUAAGCUCAAAGACGUUGAAGAGAACGAGCUUUCACAGUUGAUUAAACAGUAUGACAAAGACGAUGACGAGGAGGAGUAG